AAGGUUUAAAGUUCUGGGAAAAGAGAUGCGUACUUUUUGGACCUUAUAACAUAAAAAUGUCAACGGUUCAGAAACAUUUGAUGGAUCAUAAAGUGACAAACCUGCUGAAACAAAUUCUAACCAAUCAGAAGGACAGAUACACAAUCGAGAUAUCGAACGCAACAAAACCCGGUGAAAACUGGAUGGGAUUAAUGAAGAGCGUAAUAGUGAACUACCAAGACGACGACAAUAGGAAGUUGUAUCUAAUUGCAAAAUUGGCACCUCACCAAGACGUGUAUAGGAAAGUAUUUCCAAUCAAAAUUGUGUAUCUCCGUGAAAUUUACGUUUACGAUUAUGUUAUACCCGAAUUUCUAAAGUUGCAAGAGGAGAAACAGUUGGAGCAGAUUUUUCAGCCCUUUGCGAGGUGCUAUACGAUAUCUAGGGCAAAGGGUAACGAGGCAAUCGUCAUGGAGAAUUUGAAAAUCAAAGGUUUUGUGACGGGCGAUCACCACACCGAUGUAGACUAUUCCCACGCACUGCUAGUCGUAAAAGAAUUGGGUAGGUUUCAUGCGAUGUCCUACGCGAUCCGAGAUCACAAACCGAAGGUGUACGAGCGGUUUGAACAAGACUGUCAGGAGACUUUCUUUAAUAGUCACAUGUUUACACCCGUACUCACUAUAUUCAGAAAGUUAGGCGCAGCGGUGCUUAAGAGUUACGAUCCUGUGAAAGACACGCGUCAGAUUGAGUCACUUCAAAAGUCCCUCCAAAAGGUUCCUCGCGUUUUUCGAGACCUACGAUGUCUACAAAGGUACGGAAGGUACUCUGUUGUAAACCAUGGCGAUGUACAAAUGCGCAACUUACUCUUUAAGUACGCGGACGAAACUCAUCCACUUGUGCCCACCGAGUUGUGUAUGAUCGAUUGGCAAGUCGCGAGAGUCGGUUCGCCAGCCUUCGAUUUGCUAUAUUUCUUUUUCGUCUGCACUAAUCGCGAAUUUAGAGGCCUUCAUUACACAAAUUUAUUAGAGGAAUAUUACAAAAGCCUCGCCGGUCUUUUACGCCAGCUCGGAAGCAAACCUGAAGAACUGUUACCGUAUAGUGUACUACUUGAUCACCUGAAAAGCUAUGGGGCGUACGCCCUAUACACCUCCAUGUGGAUUCUCUCAUCUAACAUGAAAAAGGAGCAAGAUAUUCCCGACAUAUACAACAGCAUAACCGAAACGGCGAAUGUCGAUCAUUUUUCCACUAUUCCGAAUGACGACUAUAUUCCGAGAAUUCGCGAUCUAAUUGAUGAUUUACUGGAAUACGGUUAUGAUUUUUAAUCAAACAUCAAUCAUACAUUGGGCUGUAGUUAAUUGUUAGUGUAAUCCCAUCCCUCUGCGAUAGGUUGGUAUCGGAACGCUCGUUCGUGACUGAGCCACGUUGGGACUUAACUUCAAUUAACAACUUGGGAGACUAGGUGGUCUUGAUCAAUUUCAUUUCAUCUUUAAUAACCCCUAACACAAUUCUUGGACACGAGAGAUAUGAAAACUCUAUCCGGGUCGCACAAAGGAUUCGCAUAAACACAAUUAGUUGAUUGAAAAUGACAUAUGUGUUACCCCGCACGCAGACG